CUUUUUUCUUCUUCUUUGUUUGACGGAACAAAAAUCUCAGGCAUGAUAUGAUAUUCUGAUCUGUUCAUGAGUUCAUCUGUAUCUCAGUGUACAUGCAUUUGCAAAGCAAAAAUUCCAUUUUGUUUUGACUAUUUCGCUUCCGGCCAUGGCGUUGAACCCGCUCUUCACCGUGACGUUCGACGUGAGCAGCGGCGACAACUACGGCGACUUCAUCGCCGGCAUCCGCAGCAGGGUGGCCAACCCGAGGCACUUCUCCCGCAACCGCCCCGUCCUGCCGCCGGUGGAGCCGCCGCCGCCGCCGCGCCGCUGGUUCCACGUCGUGCUCCGGGCGUCGCCGACCGCCGCGCUCACGCUCGCCACGCGCGCCGACAACCUCUACCUGGAGGGAUUCCGGAGCAGCGACGGGAGGUGGUGGGAGCUCACCCCGGGCAUCCUCGGCGCCGCCCCCGGCGGCGCCGCCGCCACCUACGUCGGCUUCGGCGGCUCGUACCGCGACCUCCUCGGCGACACGGACAGGCUCACCGUCGUCACGCUCGGCCCGCAGCAGAUGGCGCAGGCGGUGAACGCGCUCGCCGCGCGCAGGCCGGCCGACCUCGCCAACGGCGCGGCGCAGCGGCGCGCCAUGGACGCGGUGGCGGCGCUGCUCCUGAUGGUGCACGAGGCGACGCGGUUCCAGACCGUGUCGAGGCUGGUCGCCGGGCUCAUGCACCCCAAGGCGGCGAGCAAGAGCGGCGCCAUCACCACCGCGAUGAGGAAGCAGGUGAACGGGUGGCAGGUCCUCUCGGCGGCCAUGCUCGGCACGGACGCGCGGCCGCCGGCGAGGUUCGCGCCGCUGAGGGACAUGGGCGUGGACACGGUGGAGGAGGCGGCGGCGACGGUGGGGAUCCUGCUGUUCGUCGAGGUCCCCGGCGGGAUGACGGCGGCGAGGGCGCUCCAGCUGUUCCACCAUGGGAACUAGAUUUUGAUGCAGCUGGAUUUUUUUCUCCUUGUUUGAGCCAAUAAAAUGUUAGAUUUGUGAUGGUUUUGCUAUUUGAUUUGAGUAGAAAUGUUAGAUUUUGUGUGUAUUCGGAAUAAAUUCAGCACCAUAGUUUUAUCUAUAGCUAUUUUAAUUCAUGUGAGUACUAGUAAGAACAAUAACAUAUCCUACUCUGACUGAUGCAACCAGAUAGAGAUUAUACUUGUUCAUACUGAAAAUUUGUUCAUAACAACUUUCACAAUCUUUUCUCAGAGAUAUUUUGCAUUCAGAUAACUAUGUAUACACAGGACACAUAUUUCUGGAUAUGAACAUCCA